GCGACAGUGCCACUUCCGGUUUUCUGGUGGUUUAGUUGGAGAUCAGUCACAAGGACUUACCUGGCCUGGCUUCUAACUGUGAUCCUCUGGUCUCUGCCUCCUGAGUAGCUAGGAUUACAGGUUUUUUAUCCUGAAGUAAAGCUUCCUUGCAUGGUGACUUUAUAGGCAGUGCACACUUCAUGUUGCGGAAUAUUAGAGGUAUGUAACCUGGGUGAUUAUGGAUUUGAACCCAAGACUCGGCAGACAUCGGUGGUGCUGCAGGAUACUGCAAAGAAGGCCAUUAAAGGGUUACACGUAGCCCUAGGACACGAAUUCAGGGGGCGUGGCCUUGCCGGCGUGGGUGCUGCGCACGCGCAGAGGCCUAACCCUCUCGGCUUCCGUAGCCCACUCGGUCACGUGGGGGCCCGGCUGUCAUGGCGGCCGCCGGCAAGCCACCGGUGCUGCUCGGGCUUCGGGACGCGGCAGUGCCCGGCCGCCUCAUGGGGCCGAGCGCCUGGACCGCUAGCAAGCUGGGCGGCGUUCCGGACGCCCUCCCCGCCGUGGCGGCGCCGAGGCCCGCAUGUGAGCGCUGCGGACGGCCGCUCGCCCUGGUCGUGCAAGUGUACUGCCCGCUCGAAGGUUCCCCGUUCCACCGGCUCCUGCACGUGUUCGCGUGUGCCCUCCCGACGUGCGGGGACGGCGGGGCGCGCUGCUGGAAGGUGCUGCGCUCCCAGUGCCUGCAGGUGCGAGAGAAGGAGGCGCCCGAAGCCCAGAAACAGGAAGAUGGGCUUGUAGCUGAGAGCUGGUGUGAAGGUGCAGAUGACUGGGGGAGUGACGGUGAGGAGGCACCUGCACCCCAGCUUCCUUUGGACUUUGGAAAGGAUUCUUACAGUGCCAAAGAUGUAGACUGCACGGUGCAGCUCCAGGGCCUCUGCCUGCAGGACACUGGCGCGCAUGCUGCCCGUCCUGCAUCUCGACAGGAAGGAGUGCCACAGUUCCAGCCCUACUACAUUUGCGUGGUCGACGAGGAGGAUUUCAGAGACUUGGUCAGCCUCGAUCAUGCUUACAACCUCUUGAGGGACUAUGAGCAGCGAGAAGGGAUUCAUAUGGACCAGUUGCUCUCCCAAAGUUUUUCUGGUGAUGGUGAUGAAAAAUAUGAGAAGACCAAAAUUAAAAGUGGGGAUCAAAUGUUUUACAAAUUCAUGAAGAGAAUUGCUGCUUGCCAGGACCAGAUUUUGAGGUAUUCCUGGGGUGGAGAGCCACUUUUUUUGUCCUGUCCCACGUCCGCAAUCACUGAGGUCCCAGCCUGUGGCCACUGUGGAGGCCCCAGGACGUUCGAAUGUCAGCUGAUGCCUGCGCUUGUCACCAUGCUCAGCAGUGCUCAUUUAGGUCUUGGUGUGGAGUUUGGCACAGUUCUCGUCUAUACAUGUGAGAGGAGCUGCUGGCCUCAGAAUCACCACACUCCCAUGGAAGAGUUUUGUAUCGUACAGCAAGACCCAGAUGAAUUAUUGUUUAAAUAGAACGUUGCCUUUUGUUUAUAUACAUGAUUAAAAUGUGGAAAUCCU